CUUGGGGCCUCUACACAGUCAUCCCAAAUGGAGCUUCAGUGGGAGGUUUUAACGGUGAUUCACCUGGAGAUCUGAUUCCUCCCUCUCGUUCAGUUACCUGAAAAGUUAAUUCUUAGAGUCAGGGCUGAGUCACACAUUCGAGGUGGCAGAGUGAACGUGUGCCCCUAACCUGCUGUCUAUGCCCCUUCCUACAGGCCAGGGUCAAUCCCUGGACUCCCCCCAUCAUGGGGAGCAAGGAUGACCUUCUCCUGGGGGAGGAGUAAAGACCCGCCCAAGUGUGCCUCGUGACUUUGGGCAGAGCUCAGACAAACAAAUGCCUAGUUAAGGUCCCUUUCCUUCAGAGUUCAGGCUCACACGUUCUUUGGCACAUUAAAUGCCACCACCACUUGGUCAAAUUCUGACGGGCUGGUUGUUGGCUGGAGAGAACGGUCAUGGGGUGAGGAAGGAGGUGCUGGGUGUGUGUGUGACAUGGGUGGGCAUGGUGGGGGAGGGCAGAGAGAGAGAGAGAGUGAGACCAGAGGGUACGAGAUGGAAGGACAGAAAGACCCUCGCCCCACCCCAGCGCACAGCAAGGCCACAUGUUUAGAAUAUUCUAACACUAGGAACUUACCCUGGUCUCAGAUUUCACAUCUGUGUGUCCCCGAAGCUGGCCAAGGUAGAGCCAAGGGGCAUUACUCUGGGAAUGCCGCUGCUGGGCAGAAGUCCUUCCUCAGUGGGAUGCCUCCCUUUCUUCCAGCAGGAUCCACACCUGGUCCCUCCUUCACUGCAGAUGGGCUUUCCAGGGCUGAGGACUUCCCUCCUCUGCCUGAGUCUGAUCCUACAUCUUUGGAGCCAGGGGCCAGGCAUCCAGGGCCAAGAGUUCCAAUUCGGACCCUGCCGGGUGGAGGGAGUCGUCCUCCAGGAACUGUGGGAGGCCUUCUGGGCCAUGAAGGACAUUGUGCAAGCUAAGGAUAACAUCACGAAUGUCCGGCUACUACGGAAGGAGGUUCUGCAGAACGUCUCGAACGCUGAGAGCUGUUACCUUAUCCGUGCCCUGCUGAAGUUCUACUUGAAUACCGUUUUCAAAAACUACCAGGAUAAGGCAGCUGACUUCAGGGUCCGGAAGUCAUUCUCCACUCUGGCCAACAACUUCGUUGUUAUCGUGUCAAAACUACAGCCCAGUCAGGAAAAUGAGAUGUUUUCUGUCAGUGACAGUGCACGCAGGCGGUUUCUGCUGUUCCAGAGAGCAUUUAAACAGUUGGACAUAGAAGCGGCCCAGACCAAAGCCUUUGGAGAAGUGGACAUCCUCUUGACCUGGAUGGAAAAAUUCUACCAGCUCUGA